UGGAGUGACUGGAGUGAGCCUUCCCCGACCCUCCCCCGCUCCCGCUAAAGCUGGACUGGGUAACCAGCCCUCACCCUUUAUCAAACAAGAAGCGAAACAAAAUGGAAGGCGACAGCGUGGACAGGGUUACGACGUUUCUCCAAAAGCCACAAACAGUUCUAAGGUUUAUUGCCAUUCUCUUUGCCAUAGUUGUGUUUGGCUGCAUUUCAGCUGGUGGUUAUGACGAAGAUAAUGGCAUUUGCUUGUUUAAUAAGAAAGCAGGUGCAUGUCAUUAUGGUGUUGGUAUUGGUGUUAUUGCGUUCCUGGGCUGUAUUGCAUUCCUUGCCAUUGACGUACAAUUUGAUACCAUCAACGACCCUGAUACAAAGAAAUACAUCACUCUGGGUGACCUAGCAUUUUCUGCAUUGUGGUGCUUCCUGUGGUUUAUUGGUUUCUGUUAUCUUGCGGACAUGUGGAGAAAGACAAGCAAGCAUACUUAUGUUACAAUGGAGAUUAACAAUUGCCAAGCAGCUAUUGCCUUCUCAUUUUUCUCCAUUAUUGUAUGGGCUGGUCUGAGUGUUAUGGCAUUCACCAAGUAUCGUCGCCUUUUGACAGAGUUUGAAUAUUCUAGGGAUAAUCUAUCAGGUGAUUCAUACUCAUCACCUUAUGCUUCAUUUCCCACCUCUCAAGGGCAAGGAGAUCCAUACCAAGCUAAACCAUUCUCUGAGGAGGCAGCUGACAGUGCUCCCGGGGAAGAUACUGCCAAUAAAUUUGCACCCCCACCAUAUUAAGGCGGUGAUCAUAUUACCAAUGGCCAUAGUUUGAUUUGGAUUUUAAAAAAUUGAAUCAGAGUUUUGUGUAGCUGAGAAACUACGUAAGGAAGAGGUAAAGGCAAUACUCUUUUUAUUUUUUGUAGUUUCUUAGUACCUAUUGGGGUUAUUUUUGUUGGGAAAAAAAAGGCUGUUUGCUACUCAUAGAGGGCAUGAUUACUCUAUGGUACUUGGUUUAGGUAGAAGGAAUUUCUUUGAGCAAGGUCAUUUUUGUAAAAGUGUUUUGCUCUCAUUUGUUGAGAGUGUAAUCACUCAUGUCUGAUUGACUGAACAUACAUUUUCUAAGCUAAGGUGUUGAGGUAAUUUUGACUAAAAUGCAGUUAUUACCUAAAAUAUGAUGGAAAAUUGGUGAAAGAUGAAAAAAUGGUGUUUUGUUUUAUGUGAUCUAAAAUUGCUCAUAAUGGCCUAAAAGCUUUGAGUCGUCUAGUUUGGAUGACAAAAUUCAUGGUGCCAAGAAACUUUUCUUAGCUGGCAUCAGUGAAUUUAGACACCACUUGGACCUACUGAAUCUAAAUCACUCAUUGCUGUGAAAUUAUGAAUGGUCAAAUCCAAUGAUAGGUGUUGCUCUGUAAGUUCAUUUGUUAAUCUUUGCUUGCCUACAUGUAUCUAGAAAUUCAGAUUUUCAUUAGGUUUGCCACAAGUCAAGUUCUUAGUGUGGAACAGUUGUCUUCUUCUUGACAAAGAUUAGAUUUUCUUGAAGCAACAAGCUUCUACAUUGCAUAUUAAAGAGUUUAAGCAUGACGUUUACGGCAGAUGGCAAACGUCAAAGAUUACCUCUGAAUUCAUGUUCUUUUCUUCUAAUCCCUAACUAAAUCACACAAAAAUAGAAAAAUUUAUCCUGCAAUUUACCGCAAAUACAAAUAUUAUCACUCUACUGUACAGACAGUUGAAGACAGACAUCAAAAGUUUCAUUUUUGCCGUUUGACGUAAUGUUGUGCUUAAUCUCUCUAUGAACUCAAAUGGGGAGAAUGUUAGCAUUCAGGUACAUUUGUAAGUUUUGUUCUCAUUGAAUUGCACUUGACAUAUAUGGUAAUAUGUUAUUAGUAUGAUUUUAAUUUAUGAGAAGUUUUUAGCUUGGGUGGUUUGUGUUCUGAAUACAGACCAGGUGGUAUUCAUCUAAAAAAAUUAUCAUUCAUAUACAUGUGACUAUGUGAAAAUUUGAGAGCAAGAAUUUUCCAGAAUGUCGUCACAUGGUCUGAAAUGGGGCAACAAACCAUCCCAGCUAAAAAGGUCUAUUACAGUAGUAAGCAUUCCAGCCUAGUUUGCUGACACAUAAAUGAGAGUCCUCGGAAAUUCUCGCUUGUGUGAAAGUUUACCCCGUGUGUGAUAAACAUACAUUUGUAAUCCCGAUGUUUGGUUGUACAAUAAAGAAUUAAUUUCCCCUGUGUUUUCAAAGUUUUCCAAAUUGCACCUUUUGCUAUGAAGGUAUUUCUUGUGAGAACUUUAAAAAAACAUACAUGUGUAAUGAAUUCUUAGUAUACCCAUGUGAUUAUCUUUUGCCGUAUAUUGUUUGUCAUAUAUAGUCACAUAUUGAUGUUAAAAGUGUUCAUCUAAAGCACGCAGAAAGUGGUUAAUUAAUAGUGUAGAGGUUCAUAUGUUUAUGUGGCUUAAAGGUUUCUUUGAAUCUAUUUUCUCUUAUUAUUAGCAAAUUAGCAGACUGUUUACACAAAAUGAUCUGAUUCUUAGGCCAGUGAUGUCAAAACAGGCAAAGCAAAAAUUUAGUUAAAACUAAUUGAGAAAUUUAGGAGGUAAUUUAGAGGGCAGAAUGAACUAAAAGAUUAGAGUCUUCACGUGGUCAAAACCCAACAGGACAACAUAUAUUUAGCAAUGCCAAGAGAUGUCAAUGCGAGGAAUGUAGUCAAUUAUUCUUCCCCAAGUGAAUCUUGUGCUAGCUGUAAAGCUACAUAAGUGAAAUCUCUUGCCAUUUUUCCACAUGCUUUGACCCUCAAACAUUUUUUUUUUGGCCAAGACAGCAGCUGUAGGCUUCUGUUAUGAUCACUAGUCUUUGUUGUCUGACCUCUGUUGAAAUGGCUAAUAACAUAAUAAUAUUAUUCAGUUUUAAUCCACAUUUUAACUGACAAUAGCAGAAGUUACAGUCGAAAGGCACUUGAAAAAUUUGUCCCUUUCUGAAAUUUGUACCAGCCUGCUUUAUUAGACAUACAUGUAAUGUAGCAGGACACUUAGAAAUAAACUGCAGGGAUAUUCUAUGGAGGAAAAAAUUCUUGUUGAUCAUAGAGUCUUAGACACAUGCAUUUGUAAACGUCAGUGUGAAAUAAAAGAAAAUAAACUGAUUGAUUGUAAUGUA